UUGUGAUGUUGAUCUCACCUCCGGCGGAUCCUUGCGCCGAGGAUGCAACAUUCACAAAAGUUUUGUCAUGAGAUGACGCUUACAUUGUCUGGAAUUCAUCUCUCAUCGGCAAUCCGGAGUCCGAGAACUCCGAAGCUCUAAGCUUCCAUCUCGCCUUCCUCGCGUUCCGUGGUGCAGCCACAAGCAAUCUCCGGACGCUUUUCAGCAUGGAUCACGGAGAUGACAUGGAUACAAUGCUCGAUGGGUCCGCCUCGAAGCGAGCGUGUGACUCUUGCAGAACUAGGAAGAUUCGAUGCGAUAGAGCUUUGCCUUGCUCGAAUUGCAAAGCAAGCAACUUGAGCUGUACAACAACUGCACCCGCCCAGAAAGUACAGAAGCAGAGGAUUCAUGUCUCUGAGGAAUAUGAGAAAAAGAUCGACCGCAUCGAGGAUCGUCUGACAGGCAUUGAGGAUCUGCUCGAAAGCCUUGCACUGAAACUUGGCAAUCUCGACGUCCGAAGGGACUCUACGGAGCACAGCAGUCAGUCACGGUCCACGAGAUAUGGAACAGCGCGGAGUCCGGCAGCAGUUGUCGAACCGAACACACCUGCACCGUUUGAAGGCGAAACAGCCAUCAAUAGCCAGUCAGGCUACGCUCGAGAGCUUCUGGCACAAGCCAUUGGUAGUACGCCGUCAAUUGGUCAGAACGCAGAGGUACAAAGUGCUCUAAAUGCCCUUGGAGAAUUAGUUACUCGUCAAGGCCAAAUGACUGCACCUACAACAUCCAGAAAUCAGCCUCUGCUCAAUCGCUCAUUGGCUAAUAUCAACCCUGUGGACUUGGAACGACCUCCAUGGGGGGUGGUCAUCAUGGUUUUGGAAAAGGCUUCGGUAUUUCCGACCAUGGCUUUUACUGUCAUCUUUCCAUUUCUCCAAAUGCGAAACUUGACGGAGAUUUUUGAGGACACGUACCAAAACCCCGGGACUUGUGCUGCACCCCGUCGCAUCUUUGCUUAUAGCAUAUUGUAUCACAUGUUUGUUGAAUACGCAACUCUCCCGCUACCCGGAAUGGACGUACAGGUUUUCCGCAAAUACAGCGCACUGUGCAAGACGCAUAUGGAGGUGGCAAUGAGCCAGCUAGACGUUUUCGUGCCCGCCAGUUAUGAAAAUAUUAUGGCACUGCUGCUUGGUGCUGCGAAUGCAGUCGAGAUGUGCAAGCCGUCACUCUGCUGGAUCAUGAUUAGUUCGGCAGCUGGAUUGUGUCAAAGUCUGGGAUACCAUCGUUAUCAAACCAUGAAAGACGAAAGUGAAGAAGAGCGAAAUCCCAAGAUGCAUGUAUUCUGGAUGAUCUACAUGUUUGACAAGACAUUAUCGUUGCGCCUGGGCCGCGCGAGUGUCAUCCAGGACUGGGAUAUAUCUCUACCAUUCAUUGUACCGACUGGGAAGCCACAUGAGGCCGCUGGAGGUGACGGCAUGCUGACAUAUUGGGUGAAGGUUGCUAGAGUACAAGGACAGGCUUACGAGAAACUGUUUAGUCCUGCCGCGUUUGGUAGAUCAAGUGAAGAUCGUGCUCAGACAGCGGCUGAACUUCUUCACGCUCUAGGCCAAGCUUGGUUUGAGCGAGGGGAGACACCCAUCACGGAUAGCAGCACAUACAAAUCUCCACCGCAACCGAAGACAGGAACGAGCGCGCCAAAUGACACUGAAAUACCUUCCAAAAGCAAACGAAUGGUUCAGCAAUCCUCCGGCGCAUCUUCACAAUGUGAUGAGCGUGCACAUGCUUCACUUGGGCGUAUCGUGGACGUGUUGUUCUACUCGGAUGCUGUUGUUUACUACAGUGUAUGCGCACUCAUUCAGCGAGCUGUCAGCUCGGAUAAUGUCACAUUCCACCAGCAGAGCCUUGCGUCUUCUCGAUCAGCGCUUGUAUCGCAUAUGAGGUGUAAUUCCCAAUUCAAUGUUCAAGGAAGUGAGGAACUUUGGUCGGGCUAUGUCCACUGGUCCAUUUUACAGGCUCCUUUUACUCCUUUCAUCGUCCUCUUCUGCAACGCAAUCCAAAACACUGAUUCUAGUGAUCUCCCCUCCCUAUCCGCCUUCGUGGCCAGCCUCGAGUCGUGUCGCACAAUCUCCGAAGGCGCAGACAAGCUCUACAAGAUGUGCCAUCUCUUCCUACAGGUUGCCAAACUGUAUGUUCAGGCAAAGUUGCAAGAUGGCUUAACUCGAUCACAAUCAGUUCCCGAAACCGAUCACGCAAACUUUUACACAACCUCGGAUGGAACGCAGCUUGAUCUCAGUGCGAUGACACAGUUUGAUCCGUAUCUCAGCGCCUUGGGCCUAGUACCUAAUUCAGCAUGGCCCAUGGCGGGCUUUGCGACAAACAUGGAGUCGCAGGAUCAGAACCAGGAUCUGGGCAACGACCUCACUGGUAUGGGUUUUGGGCCACUGGGUGCGAAUCAGAACUCAGUGCAAGAUUGGUUUUCGGGAUCGAGAUACCUGAUGAACCUUAUGGAGGUUGGGGAUGACUUUCAGAUGCCUGACCUGGAUUUCUCGUUGUAGUUGGCCUUUUGUUGAACUUGCGACAGGCAGUACAUGGCUCACACAGAAUGGCUGAAAUAUCGGUCUUGUUCAAAUUCGAUGAUUGGAUGAAGGUAGGGUAUGAACAACGUCAGCCUCCAGCCUCAUGACGUAGUACCGAACUACUGGGUGUGCUCAGACAUAUCAUAUUUGCGGCAGUUUACCAUUCCCCUGCGACGUGGCAGGAUUUGGCGGUAAAGAGUCUCUCGGAUAG